GCACUCAGAAACCUCCGUCUUCCGACCCUCAGCGAUCUGCGAUAGCAGGUGCACCACGUUCUAGUGCUUGCCCGCCCUAUCACAAUAUAAUAUUUUUGGGGCGAUUGGCGCUCAUUUGGUGCUGCCACCUUUGCUGCGAGUUUCGUUGCACCUGUCCGUCCUUCCUUUUUCAAAUUACUCAUCCUGCACUUUUUGAUGUCGUACCAACUUGGUUUGCAUUAGGUUUCGAGAUUGCUUAGAGUUCUGGUGCGGGCUGUUGUGUGUAGAGGAGUAUUUUAGUGUUGGAGUUGCUUGUCCAUGCGGAGAAGUCAGGAGCUGCAGCAGCAGGAGCAUCCAGGGCGUGGUUGCGCAGGAUGACGCUGGCUGCUGGAGGUUUCCUUCACCCCAGCCUCCUCCCCGUUGCAUUGUGUUCUCGAAAUUCGUCUUUGCAUCGGAAUUCGGCAUCGCAGCACGCCCUCCACUCACAUAGCUUGACUUCUAUUCAGCUUUCGCCUAGUCCUCCCGAGCUGCUUCGGCUGCAUUCCAAUAGUGCUGGUGCGUUUCUUGCCAAAGGAGCUUGGGAUUAUAUCGACUCCGGCACCGAGGUUGAGAGUGGUGUGGGCAAUGUUGUCUCGGGCGACAAGGCAGCGGGCAACGUGAAAUUGCUUGCUUCGGACACGCAAAGGGUACUGGUAACUGACGGUGGCACGAAUGAGGAACGCCAGGUCUCCGAUGCACUGGAUAGUGUGACCUUUCAGUCUUGGCGAAAGGACAAUUCAGAAUUUACUAACGAGUCACGAGCUGAGCAGGAGAGUGGAAUAGUUGCUAGCAAUGAACAAAAUUCCAGAAAUCGUGUAUGGCGUGCACCCGCCGAAGACUCUAGUGAUUCUAGUGGGAAGCAACCUGAAAGGCAGUACAGACCACGGGAUCAGUCUUACAUUUUGCCUGUAAAGAAGGUAGACAGGUGGGUGAACCCUUCUGUCAGAAAAUUUGAUGGAAAGGAGGCCGACCAGAACGGAGAUGUUUAUGAGAGGAAUGGGGAGGGAGCAGGGAGCAGUGCAACAGGGAAUGGUGGACGAUUUUCUUCGAGCAACUUGUCUCUGGUUAGCAAGCCGGGAGCACGUUAUCAAAGGCUCCCCAUCAAUUUAGACUUGCAGCUGUACUGGGCACGCCUUCUACGUCAGAAAGGUCAGCAAAACCAGGCAAUGGAGAUCCUUAAACAGUGUAUUAGAGACUGGCCAGACGAUGGGAGGCCAUAUGUAGCGUUAGGGACAUUGCUAAAAAAAUUGGGUAAGGUGCAAGAAGCACGGAAGGUCUUUGAAGAUGGCUGCCAGGCUGUUCGUGGAGAAAAUGCUUAUAUCUGGCAGGCCUGGGCAGUUUUAGAAGAUCGGGUUGGAAAUACUGGUAAAGCAAGGAAGCUUUUCGAUGCUGCCACUGCGGCAGAUCGAACACAUCCUGCGGCUUGGCAUGGUUGGGCUGUUUUGGAGUUGCGUGAGGGUAACACUAAGAAAGCUAGAGCUCUGUUAAAGAAGGGUUUAAAAUUUCAUGGACCAAACGAGUAUCUCCUGCAGACACUAGCUCUUCUUGAUGUGAAAAUGGGUAGAUAUGAUCAAGCUCGCAUCUUAUUUGGAAAGGCUACUCGAUCAAAUCCUAAAAGUGCAGCAAGCUGGCUGGCCUGGGCAUUAAUGGAGGCAAGCCAAGAGCGUAAAACUACUGCUCGUAAUCUUUUCAAGAAUGGCAUAGAAGCCAGUCCCAAGAAUCGUUAUGUUUGGCAAGCUUGGGCAUUGUUCGAGGCAAAGGAAGGGAACAAAGAACGUGCUCGUCAAUUAUUUCAACGAGGACAACAAUUGAAUCCUCUAGACCCAGUUAUUUAUCAGUCUUAUGGUCUUUUCGAGUACGAUUGUGGCCAUAUUGCUAUUGCCAAACAGCUUUUUAAACGAGGAGUUUCUGUGGGCCCGCAACAUCAACCUGCUUGGAUUGCUUGGGCUUGGGUUGAGUGGAAAGAAGGGAAUCUAGAUGCGGCUCGGGAGCUAUUUCAGAGGGCUAUUGCAGUUGACCCAAGGUCUAUGGAUGCAGUGCGAGCAUUUCAGGCUUGGGGCAUCUUAGAAGACAGAGAAGGGAAUGUAGGAGUCGCAAGAGUUUUGUUCAAGCGUGCAUUAAGAGUGGACUCUCAGAACGUUCCCACAUGGAUGUCCUGGGCAGCGAUGGAGGAACGACAGGGCAAUGCCGUCCGAGCUGAUGAACUUCGAAGUCUGUGCCUUCAACAGAGGACAGAAGUUGUAGACGAAAAUCCAUGGGAUGUGAAUCUGGAAAACAUGUUAGCACCAGCAAUUGACAAAUUGAGGGAUUUCUUAAAGCUAGAACAAAGAUUUCCAUGGUCCAAGAAGGAGCGAAUGAAGCCAAUGGAUGAGAGGACUGUGGGAAGCCUCGAGGCUUUAGAGGAUGCUAAUAAAUUAGAGGAAGAGUUUGAUGUAGAUGCCUUCCUGGGUGGGAGAUUCUCCGAGCGAUCUGGUAAUGCAGCUGGGCUGACACGUCAGGAAUCCAAAGUGGCCGCCAAAAGGCAACAAAAGCUAAGUGAUAAUGUGAUCACUUGAAGCCUCAACGUUCGCUACAUUUUCUAGUAUGUUGCGUUUCGCAUAAGUGAAGACGACGUCAAUAUCAAAUGUAGAUAUUUCUUCUCCGAGAAAACGGCCUAUUAGUUUGUCACUCCCUUAUCCAUUUUAUGGCUGAAGCACAGUCAGCUGGAAUGGAAGUGUUGUAUACCUUCAAUGGGUUUUUUCAAUUAAAAGCAAUUCAUCUUUUAUACUA